AUGUCGGACUUGCUCGAGCUGCCUCGGUCACAGGUCUACCGUCAUGUGCGCCAGUUUGUGCCCAACGGAACGUUGCUGACUAACGACGUCAAGCUCGCCUUCCAGAAGUCCUCGGCUGUUUUCAUUCUCUUCAUUACAGAGGCUGCCCAGCAUUUGGCGGCUACCUCAGGUCGCACUUCUAUCACCGACACAGACGUGCUUCGUGCUCUGGAGGAGUGCGAGUUUGAGCAGUUUGUCGAGCCGCUGACGGUGGACCUCGCGCUGUACAACAAACUACGUGAGCGCAAGCUGGCGGCGCGGAACGCCAAUCGGGCCGCACAGAUCGUGGCCGAUAUGGAGAGCUCGGCAGUCAACUCGACGGCUACCUCGACGGCCAACUCGGAGGUCAACUCGGGUGUUUCAUCGCCGGCAGCGGCCCAGGCUGGGGCGAACGGAGACGGUGACGAUGACGAUGACGCCGCACCGGUGGCCAUGGAGACAUCGGAGGCUGUGCCGCAAGAGUCGUGAGUCGAUGGUCGGCUCAGCCAGGUCGUAUUGUCGUGCUAGUGGCUGGCCUGGCCCGGGCGGCUGCGGCGGAAAGAGUGAACGUAUGUUGUGAUGGGA